CAUUUGCCGCGAUCUUUACUGUCGGUAGGUCGGUCUAACAUCCACAUCAGUUCUGACCCGACCAGUGCGUUCCCGACCAGUGUGGUUCACGUUCGCGUAGAAGGUGGUCAACGGUUUUUACGUCGAGGUUAUCGCAAAAAAAAACGGUACCAAAAUUCGAGGGGCCGUGGUAAAUUUUGUUGUGUCUCACCAUUAUUAGUAUUCAGUGACGGGAGACGUUCUACUUUUUGAGCGUAUCCGGUUUGACCGAAUCCAGUUUCGGAGAAUCAUAUCCGUGAUUCUAUGUUCAAGAACGCUGAAGCUGUGCGUUGAAGGACAUUUAGUGUGGCAGACUUUAUGUUGCUGACCGUUUGUGUGUUUGCUUUGCAUUUUGGUUCUAGAAUAGCAUCUUGAUCUAAAAUAAACAUUGUGAUCUUCGGUGCCGUGGAGUGUGGAUGGAAAACAGUGCCAAAAAAGUGUAUUUCGAGUAAAAGGUUUGGUUUGGCGGAGAGUCUGGAGACGAUCAACAGCGCUCAGUUGUGUAGCGUAGCAGCAUCAAAAUGAGUGACUCACUCACCGACCAGCAUCAAUCACCGGACUCACCUUCCAGCAGUGAGGUCGACAGUUUGCUGCAGCCACCGUCCAGCGAAGCCAGCGAGAUGGCGGGCGCAAGCAAAGAGCUAAGCCCGGAAAUGCAAUCAGCACCGCCGGAGUCCUCCGAGGUGGCAAAAACGAAGGACGACAGCAUCAUGACGCUGCUGUACUCGUUCGCGAAGAAGGUGGUGACGGUCGGUAUCAUCUACUUCGUCGGCUACAUGGGCUGGUCGGUGGCGUGGCUCAUCACGCCCGUCAUCCUGUCGGUGGCACGCGAAUCCUGGCGCAAAACCAACGACACACGACGCAGCGUAGCGAAGGCGUCCGCUCUCGCUAACGAUAAGGAAGUCAUCCUGGCCCGGCUGCACGAUCUGCCGGCUUGGGUAUUCUUUCCCGACGUUGAACGUUGCGAAUGGCUUAACAGGAUCCUGAAACAAGUCUGGCCCAAUGCAAACUUUUACGCGAAAAAUCUCAUCAAGGAAUCGAUCGAACCCAACAUCCAGCAGGCGAUGGCUGGCUACAAGCUGAACGGAUUCAAAUUUGACCGAAUGAUUCUGGGAACGAUUCCACCACGCAUCGGCGGCGUCAAGGUGUACGACAAGAACGUGUCUCGCAAUGAAAUCAUCAUGGAUCUGGACCUGUUCUAUGCGGGCGACUGCGAUAUCAGCUUCGCGCUCAGCGGGCUGCGGGGUGGCAUCAAGGACUUCCAGAUUCACGGCACGGUGCGCGUAAUAAUGAAGCCACUCAUUUCCCAGAUGCCGCUCAUCGGCGGGCUGCAGAUAUUCUUCCUCAACAAUCCCAACAUUGACUUUAACCUGGUCGGCGUGGUGGAUCUGCUCGAUAUGCCCGGGCUGAGUGACAUACUGCGAAAGAUUAUCGUGGAGCAGGUGGCCGCCAUCAUGGUCCUGCCGAACAAGCUGCCUAUCGUGCUGAGCGAUGGGGUGCCGGCACUGUCGUUGAAGAUGCCCGAACCCGAGGGCGUACUUAGGAUUCAUGUCGUCGAGGCGAAGGACCUCAUGAAAAAGGACAUCAGCGUGCUCGGCAAGGGCAAAUCGGACCCGUACGCCAUCAUUUCCGUCGGUGCACAGCAGUUCCGCACGCAAACCAUCGACAACACAGUCAACCCCAAGUGGGACUACUGGUGCGAGGCUGAAGUCAAUGCCAUUCUUAGGCAAGAGAUUGAACUCAACCUGUGGGAUUACGAUCCAGGCUUUCCCGGGGUACAGAACGACGAUUUCCUUGGCAGAGCAACGGUGGAAAUCAGCAGCGUUACCAAGAACGGUGAAAUCGAUACGUGGCUGACGCUGGAACAGGCAAAGCAUGGGUUGGUGCAUCUACGCAUGACUUGGUUCAAACUGAGCUCCGAAAAGUCUGACCUGAAGCAAGCACUGGAAGAAACGCAACAUCUGCGUGUGACCUCUAUGAGCACCGCACUGCUGACCGUUUUCAUCGAUUCGGCCAAGAACCUGCCGCAAGCACGCCAACAGUCACAACCGGACCCGUACCUGGUGCUUUCGGUGGGCAAAAAGAACGAGCAAACCUCGGUACAGAUGCGCACGGAUGCGCCGGUCUGGGAGCAGGGCUUUACCUUCCUGGUGGGCAACCCGGACAACGACACGCUGCAGCUGAAGGUGAUCGACCAGAAGACGGGCAACACCAUCGGCACACUGACGUACAUCCUGAGCGCACUGAUGGAGAAGAAAAAUCUCGAGAUCAUGUCACAACCGUUCCAGCUGCAAAAGUCCGGCCCAGAGACGAAGAUCAUUAUGUCGCUGUCGCUGCGCAUCCUGAAGCGCCACCGGGAGCAGGAGCCAGCGGUCACCACGCCGGACAAGGGGCCGGCGUCCGAGGCGGACAGUGUGCUGUCACGCACCAGCUCCAUCCGCACCUCGGCGUCCCACGGUUCGCAGUCCGGUACGCUGCAGCAGCAACCGUCGACCGGGGACUCGAACGCAGCGGAAGCGGCCGCCCUGUCUCACCAGGGUAGCGUCCGGAAGCAGGACUCGCGCAAGUCGACCACCUCCGCCAUCAUGGAGCAGAUGUCGAUCCAGGAGGAACCGUUCGUCGUUUCGACGCUGAACACGGUCAUGAUGGCAACGCCACCGCGCAGCCCGAAUCUGAGCGACGGCGGCACGGAGCUGCUGCGUCGCAGCCCCAGCACCACGUCCUCCUCCGGCUCGGCUGGCCUCGGACGCAUCCAGCUGACGGUGGCGUACAGUGUGCAGCGCCAGCGGCUGCUAGUGAUCGUGCACAAGAUCAACAAUAUUCCGCUGAAAGAUCCCAACAACAUUCCGGACCCGUACGUGAAGCUUUACCUGCUGCCGGGCCGGUCGAAGGAAUCGAAGCGCAAGACGAACGUGGUAAAGGACAACUGCGAUCCCGUGUUUGACACCACGUUCGAGUACAUCAUCUCGAACGCGGAGCUGGUCAAUUCGGAGCUGGAGGUGACGGUGUGCACACAGAAAGGGUUCUUCGGCAGUCCCGUCAUCGGAAUGCAAAAACUCUCCCUAAGUGAUCCGGACAUUUCGAGCGGACAGGGCAUCAAGGCGUGGUACGAUCUGCUGCCGGAGUCCAAGUUUGAGUAAAUCGUCCUGCCAGCCCGAUCAGCAUAAUGCGCAUUAAUUUUAGCAAACAGUGUAAGAAUUGUGAUGCAGCUUAGCGGCAGGCCUAAUGAUUAGAUAAGGAGAAGCUUGUUAAACAAACACACACACACAUACACAACGAGCAUUUUAUUGGGCACAAGCAUUCAACGGCUAGCGUUUGUAAUUAAAGUGCACCCAGUGGGCAACUAUGAGCCAGAGAGCUGACACAAUAUAGGUGGCGAGCUAUUUUAUAUAAGCAAAUGACGAUCAAAAGCGAUAACUAUGCGGUGAUGAUGUUGAAGCAGCAGAGAUAUAGUUGUGGCGUGUAUUUUUUUAUGCUUGAUUAAUGUUAUUUUGAUAUCUAUGUAUGGUGCAAGCUACUCCGCUCUGCUUCUGGAAGAAAGUUGUGAAAAUGGAAUUCAAGAGCAAGUGAUCUUUUGGAGCUUUUCAUCGAUUCUAACAGCAACAAAAUGGAAUUUCGGUUCAGUUGUGGCUAAUUGUAAGCCCAGACUAGACCAGUACUCAGAAGUGAACACAAAUACAGCAACUACUAUUCGAUCAAAAUAUGUUUUAUUUUUUCGUAAUCGCGCUUGGAGCAUCACACCAAGCUGUGAAACUAGCAAGAAUCCUGUUGGUACACCUUUGCAUGUUCUUGUUUUGUGAAUCAUACUAGUGAAGUGCAUCAGUAGAACGUUACAUGUAACAUCAGUGGUAGAGGAUGGGUUUAUUCAAGCCUAAUCAUGCGGAGAAUGUGUAGAGCUAAUGUUUUUGCAGUAAAAUUUUGCUAAAUAAUGAAUGUUACUCUGUACCACCAAACACACCCAGUCAACCUCUAUAGCUUAGCGGUAGACAGCAGUAGUAGCUCUAAUAGUAAGCUCCGUUUGAAAAACAGAAUUCUCUCCCUUACGUCCAGAGGGUCGGCAUUCUGUCCGGUAAAUUGAACGAAAGUUGUCUCCAAAAUGUGUCAAUUAUUAGCCCACACUCCUCGUGCAAGAGGUGAUGGGUCGCGUAGUGGAAAGAAGUAGAUACUAUUUAUUCAAGGGCGGUGGCGCACGAGUCGGCACCGCCUAUUUGCUAAGCGGAUGGGGCGUUGUGUUGUACGAUCACCUGGAACGGAACUGGAAGUCUCUGAGGCUGAGGCUGAGGCUGUGUCGUUUGCUUCAACGAUUGGGCUUCAGGUACCAAACACGUAUCCAGUGUGUGUGUGUAAAUAGGCCUUUGCUGCAGUACACAGUCCACGGUUUUUUAGCGGUAUGCACAUGCACAUGCACAAUCAAUACGUCCAACCAUUACUUCACUGUGUGUUUGACGCACGGACGGCAAAAAAUGAAAGCGGGUGUUGAAACCCACCCCAGUGCAAAUAUACAUCCAAACAAACAACACACACACACACACCUAAAGCACACUUGGUAAAGCAAACAUCUAAAUCAGUAAGAAUAUACACAGAGCUUAUAGAUUUAUAGCGCGGCUGAGCUUACUCUGCUCCUCUGAACGAAACUUCCCACUAAACAGUCAUGUAUUUUCGCACCAUAUUUCUACAGCUUGUCAUGUAAGCAUUUUGCGCUUCGGUAAUUUCGGAAAAUCAAAUACAGAACAAUCGCAAACGUCCAUUUAAGUAGAUUCACAAAACGAGUGAGAAAGGGAGCCUUUUUACAGUGCGACAGGAAGGAAACAAAGCUCUACAGUUCGACCCGAUCUAACAUCCCCUUUGCACGUAAAUUAAUCGACAUCGACUGCACGUUGCUUGUAUUUGCACACACACGAACAAACGCUAAGGAGUUUUGAAGAACUUUAAAUCACUUUUUUGAAUAAUGAUCGAUUCAAUGUACUCUCAGUAAUUCAACGACGGCGUGAUAGUUCAAUAAGAUGUAAACCGCUUUCAUGAAAAGAUAAUAAAGCCUUUUACUUGUAUAGUGUA